GCAGAGGGAGGGCCAAGGCCGAGCAGAGUUGCGAGGCAAAACGGAUGGUCACAUGAGCACAGAUCUGUUUACAAACCCGAGGCAGAGCGGAGCAGUGCGGGAGGCGUCGGGAGGGAAAAGGCAGACUGCAGGCUCACUUUAAAAAGCAUUAUGGACAGAGGGAGGACGAGGAGAAGCGUGCCGUGACAAAGCCACUUGGAGGUGCGAGAGACUGAUUGCUGCAGAUAACACUCUUCACUGACACGCGCCGCCUUUUGUCUUUUUUCGUCUGAAGGAGCGAGCAGAUGGUGGGAAGACGAGGAUCCCCCUCCCCACUGAAUCAAACAAAAACACACAUGCACUGAGCGAGAAACAAACUCACACUCAGCAGCAAAAACAGCCAUGCCAGCUUCAAGACUGCCUUGCCGAGCGGUCCUCACUCUGUUUGGCCUUUGAGAGGAGCACAUCUUUGGCUUCUGGAAUACCCUCUGCAACAUCAGCGGACCGGAGGAGGAGACAGCAGAGGACAUCUGAGGGGGGCUGGGGGGAGAAUGAAAGCCGCGAAAAUCCUCUGUUAAAAAAAAAGCGGCUUUAUGGGGGGAAGACAAAGCAGACUGAAGCCAGAUUAUUACCUCCAUUGAUCGACAACUGUCAUUGUGAUCGGUGGAUGACAUUGGAGCCAAUCGUGGCGGAACCAAACCCACAAGUCAUAGAGGGUCUUUGUCUGCUUUGACUGUAAACACUGACUGCGCUGUUGAUGAUGUUAUGACUGCGCAUGAUUCAGAUUUUGACAACAACUUGCGAAAUAACCCACGGUAUGAGGCAAGUGACAGUUCCAGCUGCACAACAAGAUUUCUUUGUCUUCUCUGAUGACAUCAUUCAUACUGGCACACAAGAGCACAACAGAUUUUUAGACGCGGUCCAAACUCUUUUCCCAAAUAGCGCAAGUCUUAACACGGAGGGCUUGAUCCAGAUUUGGGAAAUGCUGGGCCGCACAGACUGCUGAGCCACCAAAACCGCACCUCUCAAGGAUUUAUGGAAAUCUGAGCAAAUCUGAAAAACUUAAGGCUUGUAUUUGGAGGGGCUCAGCACACAGUGACCGAUCGCAGGCACCAACCACGAGUCCAAGAGUUUGGCCUCCUUUCAAGCUCAGCCUUCUUCUUCAAGGGUCUGAAUUUAUUGCAGCUGCCCCGGGAAUCAAAUUUCAUGCAACCAUUCCAAUGGUGUAACGGAUGCCUGUGUGGUUUGAAUUCUCUGAGCUCUGAACACGACUGCAGCAUGACGUCUGACAUGUAUCACCUGCCCCUCAAUGUGUAUGUCAUCGUACUGGGCAUUGGCCUCUUCGUCUUCAUGCUGAGUCUCAUCUUCUGCUGCUACCUUUUCCGGUUGAAACAACAAGGAACGAGGGAGCAGUUCAGCUACAAUGAGGUGGUGCUGAAGGGAGCAAGCAAGAAACUCAGCCUGCUUGGACAAACCUGCGCCGUGUGUCUGGAAGAAUUCAGGACCAGAGACGAACUGGGAGUGUGCCCGUGCUCACAUGCAUUUCACAAGAAGUGCCUGCUCAAGUGGCUGGAGAUCCGCAGCGUGUGCCCAAUGUGCAACAAACCCAUCUUGCGGCUCCACACUGAUGCCCCGCAGGGUGCCGAGGGUCCUAUGGAGCCAGAGGAAGUGUGAGGUUGGGAGAGAGGAAACUAUACUUCUCUUAGGGGAAAAAACAACAACUCCAUUUAAAUGACUAGAGAUGAUCAUCUCACAGACCAGACAAAGCCGUUUAUGAUCCCAAGCAGCUGUGUUGCCGCUGACCUUUGAGCAAUAUUCUUAGGUGGGAAUUGGAUGUUGACGGAGGCAAACAUGAUUUGGUAGGGUCGGAAGAUGGGGGAAGGAUGUAUAAAUAAGACAUUUUUCAUUACAUUGGUCCUCGCUUAGCUUCCAUAUUGCACUGCUCAGCAACAGCCGGACUGGAAAGGAGGCACCGGGACUGCAGCACUGCUGAACAGAAGCGGUACUGAGCAGGAGCAAUACUGAUACCUCUACCAUCUCAGGGGUGUUACCAACCCAGCAAGCACAAACCACGUCAGUCACAACGUAACCCACACAAGCAUUUUACAAUCAAUACUACCACUGUGUAGGUAAAAUACUCAAGCAGUCAAGCGGUAGCCACACGCUAUGGAUGACAUCACAAUUUCUGGAUGACAUCAUGACCAGCAUCAAGGACUUAAGUAGGCAGAUUUUUUUUUCAGAGUGUGUACCAAGAACUUUCCUUUAAAAAAAAAAAAAAAAAAAGGAUAAAAAACUCAUGUGUAUGUAAUGUACGUAAACGUGUACCAAUAUAUAUUGUUAUUUUGUAUUUGUUGCUUUAAAAUAAAAUGUCAUGUA